CACCCGGCCCCCUUGGUAGGGUGUAGCGGGUGUUAGAAGUUAUUUUAAGUUUUGAAAUUUGUCGCCGCGCCACACCGGUGGAUGUCCAGUUCAGGACAGCUCAACUCCCAAACUGGGGGCUCGCGUGAAUAAAAACAACAAAUUAUCGGUUUUCCAUUGUCAAAAAAUCCAAUCCACCGGUUUUUAGUGCGUGAGUUGAGUGUAAAAGUGGUGGUGUUUUUUCGUGGUGAAACAAAAGUUUUUGUGUUCCAAUAAUUUCAACUGUGACGUGAUUAAGUUAUCAAGUACGGUACUUGGCUGAUAACAACUAUCAUUACUCUUUGAAAAACAAGGAUUAAUUGUCUUCAUAAUGGAUAUAUCGGCUGACGUAUGGGGCCAAAUCGCUCUAGAAUCUUCACAGCUGUAUGUGGACGAUGGCACUGGACAGAAGAGGAGUCCUUUUGCAGGAACGACAAUAGAAAAGCUGCCAGACAAAGUGUUGCUGGCGAUCUUCAGCUACCUGAGCCACCGCGAGAUCUGCCAGAUGGCGCGCGUCUGCAAGAAGUGGCGUAUGAUCGCCUACGACACGCGCCUCUGGAAGUGCGUCAGUCUGCGCCCAGAAAUAUCCGGCCUGCAUGUCGGGUCGCUCGAGUCCCUAUUGGCUCUCAUCAGUAUUCGUUUCGGUCCGUCACUGCGCUAUAUCGAGCUGCCAAUCGAGCUGAUCACUCACACAGUGCUGCAUGAGCUGGCCAACAAGUGUCCCAACCUCACACACAUGCUGCUCGACUUCAGCACAGCCAUGCAACUCCACGACUUCAGCGAAAUGCAGGCGUUUCCGACCAAGCUUCGCUACAUGUGUAUCUGUUUGUCUGAGGUCAUCUUCAUGGAGGGUUUCAUGAGAAAAAUCUACAAUUUCAUCAAUGGUCUCGAAGCUCUGCAUCUUAUUGGUACCUACGAGAAAGUGGAGGAGGAGGAGGAAGAGAUCUACGAGGUGAUCAACGUGCAUAAGCUGAAGUCGGCCACGCCCAACCUACGCGUCAUCAACCUCUACGGCAUCAACUUCAUCGAUGACAGCCACAUCGACGCCUUCAGCUCAAACUGCAUACAACUGGAAUGUUUGGCAGUAAACUACUGCAAUAAAGUGACUGGAUCGACAAUGAAAACACUAUUUCAGAGGAGUAGACGACUCAAGUGCCUACUCAUGAAUCAGACCAAUUUGCAGAGCGAGUACGUAAUGCAGGUGGAGUGGGAGAAGACAUGCCUGCAGGAGUUGGACAUCACAGCGACCGACCUCAGCACAGAGUGCCUCAUCGACAUGCUCACGCGCAUUCCCGCGCUCAGAUUCCUCAUGGCCGGACAGCUGAAUGGAUUCAAUGACUCGGUGUUGAAGGCGUGGAUGGAGCACGGCAACCCAAGGUCGGUGGUGGCUCUGGACUUGGACAUGUCGGACAACCUGAGCGACGAGGCGCUCUACAAGUUCCUCUUCAAGCACGGCCAACAGCUGCUCGGCCUCUCCCUGUCCGGCAUGCCUCACAUCACCGACCAGCUCUGGCAGUCCGUCCUGCCCAUACUCACCAAUGCCAAGAUCAUAAUAAUGGGCACAAACGAGCGACUGGGCGUGAACAUUCACGUGGAUCAGCUGAUGGACGGCAUCGCCAACAACUGCCCCGCCCUGGAGCGACUCGAGCUGCGUUGGGACCCUGACAACCUGCGAUUCUCCGACAAGAGUCAGAAGGCCAUCGACGUCCUCCGCGUCAAACUCAUGAAGCUCAAGUGUCUCGUUCUCAGUGAUGGCCGCUACUACGAAAUAGUGAAGGCGAACUUCGAACGAGCUGAUCGCAUGACCGUUGUGAGGACCAUCACCAGUUGUCGGGUUUCCAUCUAUUAUCUCCUUAGCAACUAUGCUGAUCUCAUAUUCAACUAAUCAUAAUAGUUGAGAAUCGAGAACUAAAGAGAAAUCUGUAUUAUCUUGUAUUUAUGCAAUGGAACGUCUUUCAAUAAAGUGGAGAUUACAGUACUUACAGGCUUCUAGUUCCAGAGAUUUGAACAAAUAUUUGGAGGGAAUUUUCAAUACAUUAUUUCUAUACAAAGAACUAUUGUUUUAGAUCAACUAAAGAGAAAUCUUUAUUAUUUUGUAUUUAUGCAAUGGAACGUCUUUCAAUAAAGUGGAGAUUACAGUACUUACAGGCUUCUAGUUCAAGAGAUUUGAACAAAUAUUUGGAGGGAAUUUUCAAUACAUUAUUUCUAUACAAAGAACUAUUGUUACUGAAAAACAGUAUUGGAAGGAAUAACAUGACAAUAAAUCUUAACAUGAAUUUCGAAUAAAAUCAACAAUUCAAACCAUAUUAAUAAUGGAAGAAUAACUAAUAAGGAAAUUAUGGACAAAAAAAUCAAGUACAAGAAUGAACACUGAUUAGAUGUAAUCAACAUUCGAAAUAUAUGAUACUGGUUGCACAAAAGUCGGUUAAAUUUCAAUCGUAAUUAAUUUUACGAGAACCAAUCAUAAAACCUUUACUGAGCAUAACCUAACGAUUGAAAUUUAACCGACUUUUGUGCAACCAGUACCAUAUUUCAAAUGUUGACUACAUCCAAUAAAACCUUUACUGAUUGGUUCUCGUGAAUCACGAUUAAAAAUUAAUUGGCUUUUGUGCAAUCGGACCAUAGAAGUCAAAGAUGCUGCGGUCAUUGCUCUUGUUACAUGCGUCUCAACGGAAGUUGGGUUUCCUUCUACAGUCUUCUUAUAAGUUGUAUUCAUCUUCUGUUUGGAGACCAACACUUCACUUGUUCCUCAAAGCUAAUUUCCUCGUUUCAAAGCCAGGGGUGAUUAGAGCAGUAACUCUUUAACCCAGAAACGGGGUCACUUAACUCUGUUGGCCAACUUAAACCUGUGUUGGUCCGAACACAAAUAGAUGCAGGUCACUGUGUAAGUGGUGGCCUGAGGCCUCGUCACUUGGACUCUCUUGGCUUUAUCACGUCCCUGAGGGGGGCAACAGGUUAGAACAUUGGCGAUCCAGCAUUGUGUCUCACAAUCCCUAAAUAUAUCCUCAUAUGUUUCUGGUUCUCUCUCUUUUUUCUUCUUUCCACUUCAUCAGUAGAUUAUAGUACAUAGUAUAGUAAUUGUACAUUGAACUUAUUGUUCUUUAUUACAUUCUUCAAUGCAAUUUUUUCUCUGAUCUAAGUGUUCUUUGCAUUUACUCUUUCUACGUUUAACUAGAUCACCUCCUCUUACGUCUUUGCAGUCUUCGAUUUUUUGAUCAAAUUUAUAAAUAUCUUAACGUUCAAUCCUGAUUUUCGACUUAUAAUAAUUAAUGAGACAAUAUCAAAUCACAAUAAAGAAACUUCAAUCAAUAAUUUAGACAGCUUAAAACACAUAAACAGUAAAAAUUCACCAGCAAACGCCUAGCAGGUAACUGCAUCCCUCCAUUUUAAUAGAUUUAAAAACAUGACGGAGUCAUAUAAUAUUGUAUGCGUGUCAGAUUU